AUGUCCACAGAUCCUCGCGUCCACUACGAUUCGGUAAUCAGGGCUGGCAUGUCCGAAGCCUCGCAACGCCCUGAAGACACCCCGUUCGAUAUUUUUGAAUGGUACCCGCGCUACCAGAGCUGCCAACGUUAUUUCCUCGACCAUGCACAACACACCGUUCCCGUACAGGCCCUUUCCUCGUUCCUAAACAUACACCUUCCCUUCCAAAGACAGCCGACUCCGGUUUUCAAUUCCGCUGUUGAUGCUACCCUUUCUAGUCCGCCUGGCGGGCUGCCAGCAGGAGCUUCAGUUGCACCAAGUGUGUCCAUGGUUCCAUAUAUUCGUCGUCUAGUUGCAACGGGUAUGGACUACCCAGGGGUUUUACACGGAUUUUUCGGUGAUGAUUGGGCGUCAGGGAUUGGCUCUUUGCACGAACAAGAGCGCCGCAACUUCUUCUUUGCCGCAAAGAGCGGAGGAUGGGCAGCUGUGAAGAAGGACUAUGAUAUUUUGCCUCUAGAGACAGUCCCGUUUCUCAGGCCACUACAGGGAUCGGAAAAUGCUGAGAUCGAAGCUGCGGAGAAGAGUUGGAAUAACCUUAUCAAGGAUUCAUUUGCCUUGAAGCCGUUUCGCUGCCUAGGCUACUUUACUCUACCCAUGGAAAGGCUGUCAUCUAGUGUGCCAGGCCAGAAGAUCAAACCACAGUGGCUCCUUGGCUUCUGCACCAAGCUUGAUAUGUGA